CACUCCUGGACCGACUCAUCAGACUCGGACGUGCUCUUUGGUGCCUUUGUCUUAAAAGCUCCGGCAGGGGAAACUCUGACUUUGUUUGGAGAGAGAGAGAACCCCGGGGCAGACAAUGGACCACUCUUGGAGUCGUACAAUUUGGGGAUUAUUCUUGGUGCAGCUGAGCCUGGCCCAGAUCGAACUGAAUAUCACCUGCAGAUAUGCAGGUGUUUAUCACGUUGAGAAAAAUGGCCGAUACAGUAUUUCUCGAACCGAGGCUGCUGACCUUUGCAAGGCUUUUAACAGCACCCUGCCUACCCUGGCACAGAUGGAACAGGCAUUGAGCAUUGGGUUCGAGACUUGCAGGUAUGGAUUCAUAGAGGGACAUGUGGUAAUCCCACGAAAGACGCCCAGGUUCCUCUGUGCAGCAAAUAACACUGGGGUAUAUAUCCUUGCCUCAAAUAAUUCCCAAUAUGAUACCUACUGCUUCAAUGCCUCAGCCCCACUGGACAAAGAAGACUGUUCAUAUGUCACAGACAUACCAAGUGCAUUUGAAGGACAAAUCACCAUAGGCAUUGUAAACCCCGAUGGAACCCGUUAUACCAAGAAAGGAGAAUAUAGGACAAAUCCUGAAGACAUCAACCCCAGCUUCAAUCCAGAUGAUGAUGGAAGCAGUGGGUCUGCUGGUGAGAGGAGCACCAUGGGCGGGUCGACCAUCAUUCAGACUACCUACGAUGAUGUAACUUCUACUCCCUUCAAAGAUCCCAGAAUGGAUUACCAUGACAACUAUCCUUCACAGACCAAGACUCAUUCCAUUCCUGAAACAACAGCUCAGGAGCAGCAUAAUUGGAUGUGGCCGUGGUUUGUUCAUUCACCCACAACAGGUAUGGACUCAACUACCACCUCAGCAGACCUGGAACCCAGUGAGGAAAGUGAAGAAGAAACAGAAAGAUCCCCCAGUUUUUCUGGAUCAGGCAUUGAUGAUGAUGAAGAUUUUAUCAGUACCACUUCAGCUACAACACAUGCAGCAAGUCAAGAAACGAUCCAAGAUUGGCAACCCUGGGCACAUGGUCACCCAAAUCCUGGAGAACAACCACAAACAACAGCAAAAGUGACUGCUAUUGUGGACAUGGACAGAAGUGAUGAUAGGGCUCAUAGUGAAAAUUCAACCCAAGAACCACAGCCUCCUCUUAUUUUUGGUGGGAACCAUGAAGAUUAUGAUGGACUUAAUUCUUCAAGUACAACCUUGGACAUACCUAGCAGUACCACUGAAGGAACAACAACCCGACAGCAAGGCGGGGGAUGGUUUUGGUGGCAUUCUCAGCCACCAAAAGAAGAUGCUAAGACAACAGCAGAGACAACGGCCCAGGAAACAUAUUCCAGGCAGGAAACAACAUCCCAGAGGCAAGAUGAUUCCUGGAUGGGCUACCUUGAUCCAAUUUCCCAUCCAAUGGAGCACGACAAUCCAACAGGAAGGAACAUGGAUGGAAAACAUACUGAAGCCUCUACCCAUGAUCCAAUGGGAGGUGGUACCUCUUUUAUCUCAGACUUUAAUGAGGAACUAUCCCCCACUUCACCUUCAACCCCUAUGAGUACUGUGACAUCUGGAGUUACUGAAGUUAUCUUUCCAGGAGGUUUUGAUUCCAGAAAUGAAAAAUUCCAAACAGAUACAGCACCUCACCACUCAACCACAGAUCCAAAGGAAGGGUGGAUAGAAGACUAUCAUACCACAGACCAUUCUCCAAUGGCCACUCCAGAACAGAAUCACCCUCAGAGCACCUCCAGACCACAUACAGGUUUGGAAGAGGACCACAAGCAUACCACAGCUCCUUCUCCGACGUCUUUCACAGAUGAAGAUGAUGGAUUAGAAAAUGGAAGCCUUCCUGAAGACUCCACCACUCCCAUCGAAGAUUCCUUUUUUCAUUUGCCAGACAGAAAUGAGAACACAGCCCACUCCUCCAUGAUCCCCAUGACUACUGGGUUGCUAGGAGGUACCACUCCUUUUGAAGGUUUUGCUCCUGGGAAAGGAGCUUCAGAUCCUGACGACAAGUAUCCAGAUCACGUCCAUCAUCCUCAUAUUACAGUAUCUCCAGGCUCUGAUGGAAACAAAGACCACUCUGAACAAAAUCCCAACCUUAGAAGGAAGCCCCAAGUUCCAGAAUGGCUGAUCAUCCUCUCAGCCCUCUUGGCGCUGGCUCUCAUCCUUGCUGUCUGCAUCGCUGUCAACAGUCGGAGGAGGUGUGGGCAAAAGAAGAAGCUGGUGAUUAACAAUGGUAAUGGAGCAGUGGAUGACAAGAAGACCCCUGGGCUAAAUGGUGAUGCCAGCAAGUCUCAGGAGAUGGUGCAUCUGGUGUACAAAGAGCCAGCUGAUGGUCAAGUGGGACAAAAUGAGUAUAUGAUAGCUGAUGAGACCCGGAAUCUGCAGAAUGUUGAUAUGAAGAUUGGAGUAUAAGACCCACCAGGCCUGCUUGUCAAAUGAGAGCUGGGGACAUCACCAUGAUGUGGAACUGGGACUAACUCAGAUGCAAUGUGCUACUGAUAGUCAAGUUGGCUUUUUUUUUUUGUCAAAUUUUUUUCUUGUCCUUUGGGUUUUGUGUUGUCAUUAGUUUGUUUUUUUUUAAGUCAAGCCCAAGUUUCCAAAAUCCACAUUGUUGGGUAUAAAUUUGAUAAUACCAGUUCCUGCCUGGAGGGCUCCCACCAGCUGUGAUUCGUGAUGGGUGGCUAUUAGCUUGAACAAAGAUACAUUUCAUUUUUUCCUGUCCUACUAUCCCUUUCCCUCCCCUCCCACCUUCUCCAGUCUCUCCCACCCCAAUUCUACCUUCAGAAUCUUUUCAUGUAAUGUUUCCUAUGUCUAAAGAGGGUUCAAGGGGAAGGUGUGUGUGUGCAUAUGUGUGUGUGUGUGUGUGUGUGUGUGUGUGUGUGUGUGUAUGAGUGAGUGAUUAGAAGGAAACAUCAAAGCAAAACCAGGCAGGUUCUCAUUGGGCAGGGAUGGAAACAUCAUCCCCAACAUUCUGGUUGAUUCAGUUUUCCAAAGGUGUGCUGGUUACCCAUAAACUGUGGAAAGUUUCUAAAGCUCAUGGGCCAUGCCUGGAGGGUGAAGCUAUUUAUCUCCAGUAAACUAUUUAACUUUGUUUUGACAAGCCCAGCCCUGGAGGUCCAUUGAUCUGGGUGUUUUUGUCAGAGAAGAGAAAAUGCUUUAAAGGUCUGUAUUUGUCACCAGAACUAUUGAUGCCACUCCCCUUGAGUAGCUGAGCACUCCUUGUGGGUAGACCAGAAGGCUGCCCAUUGUCAUAACUUGGAAUCUUCUCAAAAGUAGUGACCACAAAUUCAGACCUACCCAUGACAAAUCUCACAAGAUAUCAGUAUUGUCCCUCUGAGUUCUGAGAAGUCCCACUCUCCUGGUACUGUCAUUUUAAGAAGCUUGACGCUCAUUACUGUUCUAAUUCCCACCUGUUCUGUUGCCCUGCAGGUAACUUUAAAAUCACAUUAAAUAUGUAUGACAUACCAUUUGCUGAAGUGGGAAGCAGGGGGUUGCCAGUUUAUCUGAUGUUCUUCUGAACCCUGGUCCAGCUAGUGAUGUCCAUGAAAAUCAACCCAUACCCCUCCACCCUCACAACACAAUUGAGGAAACAAGAGAAUGAAAAGGAAAGACGAUGUAAAUAGUUACUAUCCAACUUAGACAUUGGAACAGGAUUUUUUAUUUUUAUUUUUUGCUUUUUGGGGGGGUGGGAGAAGGGGAAGGGCUCCUGUGCAAGUGCUUUUUAUUAGUGUAUUUAUUUUUAUUUUAACAAGUCAGUGGGAUCCAUUUUGCCCAAAGGAGGUCUGGAACAGGUUUAGAUUGUAAACAGAACCUGAAUGGACCUUAAAAGUCUAAUCUUCCUUGUCCUAUUUUACAGAGAAGGGAGACGGGCUUGCUUAGGUCAGUUACCCAAAGGCACCCUGAAAGAGUUAAUGGACAUUCUUGGCCCUGGGAAGACUUCAUCAUAUCUAGGACUCACUUAGCUCCCUAAGUCAGUCAUGGUUCCCUUCUCCUCUUUCAUGACACCCAGCAGCUGAAGUAGGCUUUCAAAACUUCUCAAGCCCACUUAAAAUGAAUCACCAAAUCCAUAAAGUGGGUCUGUAAAAGCAAGUCUGAUUUCUGAGUCAUGGGGCCAGUGGGAGUCAUGUGCCAGGGAGAAAAUUGGUUCCUGCUCUACUCAGCAGGCAAUGCUUUUGAGACAAGAAAAUUUCAGCACGAAUGCCAUUUAGGGCCUUAUUCACAAAAAUGUCUACUCUAAAUGAGUCUUAUUUGGCAGAUAAAUAAAGGAUAAAAUGGCCUUUUAUUAGUACUACACUAGGGGUUUGGGAAAACAUUCAAUCCUUUUUUUUUUCCCCUUCUGUCUCCAUUCUGGGCCAGUUCCAGACCCAACUCUUGGGCUUUUUCUUUUAAGUUUCUAACCAAUGAAACAUCAUCUCAUGACAAGGAUGCCCUUUAUUUCUCUCUUGCUAUCAACCCCAGAAGCAGAUUUAGACUUGCUUAACUCAAGGAACUUCAGGAUGUGGACAGUCAUGUCCAACAUGGACAAAGCUUAAGUAUCAUCUUCAAGGCUCAGAAGUCCAAAUGUCAGUUUGGCUUCUGGCAUGUUGGUUCUGCUCAAGCCCACUGCCACCUAAACAGUAUGACUGACUAAGGCAAUUUCUUUGGGAAAAGGAAAAGCCUUAGUUUUUAUAGUGUAAAAGUAUCUCCUGCUCAGAAACACACACACACACACACACACACACACACACACACACACACAGACACACAGACACACACACACACACACACACCAAUUUCUGUCCAGGCUGCAGGCUAAGAUAAAGAUUCCAAGAUUAUUCCAGAAGUGAGUUUGACCCUUUCAUGGCUGAGAGCACUGAAGCACAUGCUCUGGGGUGAUAGAAAUAGAAAAUAUUGAGGAGUUGCUCUUGAAUUUUAAAACUGGAAGGCACCUCCAGGAUCAUCUAGUCAAGGACUUUUUAACUUUUUCUGUGUCUUAACCAUUGGUAGUCUGGUAAAGCUUAUGGAUCCCUUCUCAGAAUAAUGUUUGUUGCUUACAUUCAAUCUAGAAUGAAAUGCUAAAUUUCAGGCAGAAGUUAGUGAAAAUAAAGAUAAUUUUUUCCCCUUCCAAUCUCAUGGAGCCUCUGAAACCUAUCUAUAGACCCCUUGGAGAUUUAUGGAUGGCAGAUUUAGAAUUCCUGAUUUGGGAACUAGGAACUGAUCUAGCCCAAUUGCUUCAUUUUGUUCAUAAGGAAAGUAAAUUCCCCCAGGGUUUCUUUUUUUGCCUUUGUAUCCUCAGCUUCAACCAGCAUUCCUGGUACAUAGUAGGUACUUAAUAAAUGCUUGUUGAGUUGAGAAAACCCAAGACUUGAGAGAAAGGAUGUGAUUUCGUCAAGGUCAAUUGUAAUUUAGUAAGUAGGAAAUCCAGGAUUCAAACGUAGGCUAAUUCAGUCCUCUUCCCAAUAUGCUCUACUGCUCUUGGACAGUUCCCUGUCCAGUUCCCUGAUGGACAUCCACUCUUGAGAUUUCUUAUCUCAUGUUUUUUUUAAAUCAUGGAAGGACAAUGAUGUAUUUCUCGAAUAACUGAUGACUGCAUGCAUAUCCUGCCUCAAACUUGCUGGAUAGCUUUAAACAAAUCACUUAACAUCUCUUAGGCUCUUGGCAAAAUAGAGUUGCUAGCAUUGAAUUCUUUGCAAAGCAACCUGAGAGUUUAGGAAGUAAUCUAUCUUGCCAUCACCAAUUUUUUCUUUUCUCUAAGGCUGCACUGAAAUUUAGCAUUUUAUUAAAAAUUAAUGGAGCAGAAUAUCACUUUAUGUCUGUACCUUGUUAUGUCUUAACCUAGAAAAAAAAAACCCCAGACUUCUCUGGUGGGGCUUCCCCUUUGCAGGAAACCGUAUGGCACAUAGUAGGUGCUUAAUAAAUGAAUGUUUAUUGACUAAUUGAUAGAGAAUUACUUUGCCAUGAUUUUAGCUAACAGAUUGGAUCAGGCCAACAGAAUAAGGUGACUCCCAGUUUCUCUUGGGAAAAUAAUAAGUAUUUGACAAGCAAUAAUAUGAACUGUUGGGCAGCUGGGUAGUGCAGUGGAUAGAGCACAGGGCCUAGAGUCAAAAAGACCUGAGUUCAAAUUUGACCAUAGAUACUUACUAGCUGUGUGACCCUGGGCAAGUCACUUCACCCUGUUUGCCUC